GGAACCAAUAGGGUUCAUUACUUGGUUCUAGAUGUUAGGGCACACACACACUGUUUUGUAAUUCCACCUCUCCAACUCCAACAAGUCAAUAUUAACUGCAAAAAGAGAAGAUGGAGGAGUUGAAGAAGAGGAAGCUUGAUGAAAUGGCCAAUAAUGGUCAAAGUGAUUCUAACUCAACAUCAUCAUUAUCAGUAGAAGAAUUGCGGUCUUUGCUUGAUCAUUUUGCUAAACCCCAGCUUGUUGAUCUUCUCGCUAAACUAGGGUCACAAUACCCUUCUAUUGCAGAAGAAAUUAAAAGUGUUGCAAGCGCAGAACAAUCAAAUAAUAAAGAUAGUGUUGCAAGUGCAGAUCCAGCUCUUCGAAAGCUUUUUGUCCGUGGUUUAGCUUGGAAUACUACAUCAGAAACUUUGUGUGCUGCGUUUACAGAGCAUGGUGAAAUUGAAGAGGGUGCUGUGAUUACUGACAAAGUAACUGGAGUAUCACGUGGCUAUGGUUUCAUCACUUAUAAAGACGUGGAAUCUGCUCAGAUGGCCCUUAAAGCACCAAGCAAGAUGAUAGAUGGUCGCAUGGCUGUUUGUAACCUCGCUUGUGAAGGUUUAAGCAGUACUACUGUUACCGCUGACCAAGCCCAAAGGAAGCUGUAUAUUGGAGGUUUAUCAUCAGACACAACAAGUGAGAUGUUGCUCAGCUUUUUUAGUAGGCAUGGUGAGAUAGAAGAAGGUUCAGUUGCAUAUAACAAGGACACGAAGACAUCACGUGGUUUUGGUUUUGUCACAUACAAGACGGUUGAGGGUGCAAAGAAAGCUCUAAACGAUCCACAAAGGAUUCUUGGGGGCAGGAAUCUUACUGUGAAGCUUGCUGAUAAUCACAAGGGUAAAGUUACUCAGUCCCAGGUACGAGCAACUAUGGUGCCAAUGUCCAUGCCAUUGGCACCUGGGUAUCCACAAGCUCAGAAGACGCAUUCCGGCCCGGCAGCACCUGUUGGUUACGGUUAUCCGCAAGCAAUGGCUGCUUACACAAAUUCAACAUACUCAAGUCAACCAGCUGCUUACACAAACUCAACAUACUCAAGUCAACCAGGUGCAGCUCCUCCAUACUCGGGCCAGGCUCAAUUUCCUUACCCCCAGUAUCCUGUUAAGCAAGAGCCUCAAACAACACCAGCUUCUUUUGGAGGUUAUCCAUACUACAUGGGAAAGCAAUGAGUACCGGCACCUGAAUCCUAGUAGUAUUGGCCUCAGUUUGUUGUCUAAUUAUAUAGCUACUUUGUGCUAGUCGCUUCAAAGUACCUGUGCCAUGUAUUUGAUGUUGUGUAUUCUUUCUUACUGUUAGAAUACAUACAUUUUUUAGCUUAGAAGAGAAUAUGUAGUAAAUGACCUGAAUGUAAGAUUAGAUUUUACUCAUGGAAGUUAGUUAAAAGACUAGGAGCCUGUUUGGAUGGGCUUAUUUUAAGUGACUUUUAAGCCAAAAUAGCUUUUAAGCCAUAAGUUAGGAAUUCUAGCUUUUGACUUUUGGCUUGUUUUUGUCAUUUUAGCUUAAAAAUAAGUGCUUAAAAGUGCUCUUUUAACUUUAUCCGAACACUACAAAAUGGCUUAAAAGUUAUUUUGGCUUAAAAGUACUUAAAAUAAGCCAAUCCAAACGCGCUCUAGAAGUUUUAGACAA